AUGGAACCGCUGUCAGCCAGACGAGUCUCUUGCAGGCAUGCGAUGUCAGUGCCCAGUCUUGAGAGUUCCCUGUCCAUGACCGCGGUCAUUCGAGCAUCGUCGAUCUGUUGGAUGUUAUCUGCGAGUCCAGGGCGCAUAGUCCGGGCGUUCCAGCUAGCAAACCGAAGAGCUGGAGUCUUCGUGUUUCUUUCUUUCCUGACUGGUACGGGAUUUACAGCUUGCUUGUCAGGAGAAUCAGUCCCUACACACACAGUAGAGCAGGCAAGCUGUGGCGGGACAGAACCUUACUGGCUGGGGGAUGCCCAGCUUGAGGCGGGCGGUAGCUGUCCAGUGAGACGCGAUGAUCUCUCCCACCGACGGAGAAAACAGCGAGAACACCGGAAAGAAGCUUCUGUGAUUCUUAAUUACAGAGAGCAUCAUUAUGAGCAAGAAAACAAUUUUAAUUUGUGCAGCUUCAGUCUUCAGUCUUAUCAAGUGGGGCUUAUUUACAACAAAAUUACCCGAAAUUUAAAUAAUAACCCUCAGACUGAAGGCCUUCACAUUGGGCCUCCUGGAUAUGAAUUCAUUAUUUUUCCAAAUGUCUAUGAAACAAUGAUCUUUGAUGAUCUUCAGUGCCUUAAUCUUAAUGGUGUCCGAAUUAUACUUGAUGUGACAUGCCAAUUUAAAAUCCAAGUGCCCCACAUGAAAAAAGUUGUAAUGGAAUUUCGGAAUUUUGAUAGAUUCAAACAAGUCUUGAAAUAUAUGGGAAUUGCAGCCAUUCAUGAAGCAUGCAGCAAUUUCACAACUGCCCAGUUCCAAGAAGUCCGUGAAGCUUUUCAGUUUACUGUUAGAAAUAAAAUUGAAGAAAGAUUCAACAGUGUCCAUGCUGAUGUCUCGGGAAUACAAGUGAAUAAUAUCCAGCGUCCUCAUGCUUAUGAAAAAGCUAUCCGAGAUAAAGAAAGAGCCAGAGAAGACAUUCUUGUGGCCCAACAAGAACAGCCGAAAAAAUUGACUGCUGCUCGAACAAAGGAGAAGGAAGCCAAGACUCAGUACAACAUUAUUGUUGAAAAAGCCCAGUCAGAUGCAAGGAUAAAACUAAAACAGGCUCAGGCUGAGGUUGACUCCAUUUCAUUCCAGAAUUUGAAUUUACGAGAAUCUACCACAGUCUGUUAUCUAUCUGUCAUUUUGUUCAUUAUCUAUCUAUCUAUCUAUCUAUCUAUCUAUCUAUCUAUCUUGGUCUGUUCAGAUCUAUCUAUCUAUCUAUCUAUCUAUCUAUCUAUCUAUCUAUCUAUCUAUCUAUCUUGGUCUGUUCUAUCUAUCUAUCUAUCUAUCUAUCUAUCUAUCUAUCUAUCUAUCUCAUUUUCUGAUGUCUAUCUAUCUAUCUAUCCAUCUAUCUAUCUAUCUAUCUAUCUUGGUCUUCAUCUAUCUAUCUAUCUAUCUAUCUAUCUAUCUAUCUAUCUAUCCCAACUCUGUCUAUCUAUCUAUCUAUCUAUCUAUCUAUCUAUCUAUCUUGCAUCUAUCUAUCUAUCUAUCUAUCUUCCAUCUAUCUAUCCAUCUAUCUAUCUCAGUUUUCUGACGUCCAUCCAUCCAUCUAUCUAUCUAUCCAUCUAUCUAUCUAUCUAUCUAUCUAUCUAUCUAUCUUGGUCUGUUCAGAUCUAUCUAUCUAUCUAUCUAUCUAUCUAUCUAUCUAUCUAUCUUGGUCUGUUCAGAUCUAUCUAUCUAUCUAUCUAUCUAUCUAUCUAUCUAUCUAUCUAUCUAUCUAUCUAUCUCUGCUCAGUAUCUAUCUAUCUAUCUAUCUAUCUAUCUAUCUAUCUAUCUAUCUAUCUAUCUAUCUAUCUAUCUCAGUUUUCUGAUGUCUAUCUAUCUAUCUAUCUAUCUAUCUAUCUAUCUAUCUAUCUAUCUUGGUCUGUUCAGAUCUAUCUAUCUAUCUAUCUAUCUAUCUAUCUAUCUAUCUAUCUAUCUAUCUAUCUUGGUCUGUUCAGAUCUAUCUAUCUAUCUAUCUAUCUAUCUAUCUAUCUAUCUAUCUCCGAUUCAAUAUAUAUCCAUUUACAUAUCUACCUUGUGAGACUGACUAAAACAGGGAAAUUUCAAUCUAUUGAUAAUACUUGA